AUGCCAAAAAUCGUUUCGAAGACGUCCAAACGGAAGUUGGAACAGGCGCCAACUCUAAGCGCUUCAAGUCAGCAACCAGACUGCCCAGCAGCCAAGAGGAGAUCUGCCCCGGUGCAAAAUAGGGUCUCAUCCCCUGUAAGCGUCUCCUCGUCGUCGUCGUCCACCGAUCUCUCACCUGAUGGACAUAAUGGACGGUCGGCGUCCAUGGACUACAUGCUGAGAGCCCUAGGACGUAUCCGCGAGCUGCAAGACGAGCUGGACUUUUUGCAGAACGACCCGUACGCAGAGGACACGGAUGACGAAGAGGACGACACACCUGACGUGGGCCAACACGUGCCAAAUAUGAUCGGUGGUCGUCAAGCGGAAGCAAUCGGGUGGGCCGUGUGUGCUCGGGAAACGAUGCAUUUCUUGCAACGCGAAGGCAUCGCACCAGAUAGCCCUCUGAUGGUGCAGCUGCGAAGACGGCUCAUUGGACCACAGCCGGACGGACGAUCGAAUGCACCGGACGGCAGAAGUUUACCUAGCUGCUAG